UAGGAGGAGGCGCUGCACGCAGGAGGCAGGGAGGAGAGGGGCGUAAGCGCGCCUGACCGCUGUGCACUGUACUGAUCGUAGGGAGGAGAGGGGCGGGGGCGCGCCUGGCCACUGUGCACUGCUGAGCGCUGUGGGGACAGCGGGGGGACAGAGGAGGACACCAUGGUGUUUGAGUACCUGGUAGUGGAUGUGUUGAACCGUUUCCUCGGGGACUAUGUAGUGAACCUGGACAGCUCGCAGCUGAAGUUAGGAAUAUGGGGAGGUGCUGUAGCAUUGAAGAAUCUAGAAAUUAAAGAGAAUGCACUGAGUCAAUUGGAUGUGCCGUUUAAAGUAAAAGCAGGCCAUAUCGGAAAGCUUGAUCUUAAAAUCCCGUGGAAGAAUCUAUAUACCCAGCCAGUGGAAGCUGUUUUGGAUGGAGUCUACCUACUUAUAGUGCCUAUAGCUAGUAUAAAAUAUGAUGCAGAAAAAGAGGAAAAGCAAUUCUUGGAGGCCAGACAGCGGGAAUUGCGGCGUAUUGAAGACGCUAAACAGAAAGUGGCUGACCAGGAAAAGCCAAAAGAAGAAAAGCAGGAUACUUUUGUAGAGAAACUAGUAACUCAGGUUAUCAAGAAUCUUCAAGUGAAGAUCUCAAACAUUCAUAUCAGAUACGAAGAUGAUAUCACAAAUCCUGAGUGCCCCCUUUCGUUUGGAGUCUCGCUUCAAAACCUCAGCUUGCAGACAUCUGAUAAAAAUUGGAAUCCAUGCCUACAUGAUGAAUCUGCGAAAUUGUUUUAUAAGCUUAUACGCCUUGACAAUCUGUUUGCCUAUUGGAAUGUGAAAUCUGAAAUGUACUACCAUCGAAGUUACAAUGAAGCUUUGGGUGUUUUGAAGUAUGGAGUUGCUACACACAACAUGAUGCCCGAAAGCUACGAUUUUGUAUUCCGUCCCAUUUCAGGAAGGGCAAAACUACGCAUGAACCCACGUUCGGAUUUUGAUUUUUCUUCACCAAAAUUAGAUCUGGAUGUAAAUCUUCAAGACAUUGCCAUUGAAUUUAAUAAACCACAGUAUCACAGUGUCAUGGAGCUUCUUGAGUCUAUCGACAUGAUGUCUAGAAAUUUGCCAUAUAGAAAGUUCCGACCAGAUGUUUGUGUUCACAAUAAUGCCAGGAAAUGGUGGAAUUAUGCUAUAACUGGUAUCCUUGAAGUUACUAUAAAACCACGUGUAAAUAUGUGGUCGUGGAAACAUAUUCGGAAACACAGGCAGCAGGUUAAGAGAUACAAAGAGUUGUACAAAGCAAAGAUAACCUCAAAGAAACCGGCUGACGACGUUGUCCGGAUGGCAGAGGAGCAUGAAAGAACACUGGACAUUUUUUGCAUCACUCUAGCAAGGCAACAUGCAGAAGUGGAGGCAUGCAAGGCCGGUCUUAAAAUUUUCAGGGAAGGAGCAAAAGAUGAGGACAGCAACUCAAAAGGAUGGUUUGGUUGGAUGUGGGGCUGGUCUGGAGAGAACACAGAAAAAAAUGUAGAGGCAAAAUCUGGAAGUCUUGAAGAACUGAUGACACCUGAAGAGAAGGCAAAGCUGUAUGCAGCAAUUGGAUACAGUGACACAGCUGUGGACCCAACCUUGCCAAAAACAUAUGAAGCAAUGAUAUUGUGUGUGAAAUUGCUAAGUAUGUCCAUUCAGUUACAAGAAGACAAAGGAAGACCUAAAUUAAUUAAUCUGGCUAUAACUGAUUUGAGCACAGUGUUAAAACAGCGACCUGGAGCACAAGCAAUUAGAUUUGAAGCCCAUAUUGGUACAUUUGAGGUAACAGGCAUACAACAGAGCAAGUCUAUUCCUUGCUUAUUGUCUUCCCGAAAUGUCGUAAUGGACAAUAACAUUUCAUUGCUGAGCCUCAUGUUUGAAACAAAUCCUCUGGAUGAGAGUGCUGACCAAAGACUUAUUGUGGAUUCUCAACCUCUUGAAAUAAUAUAUGAUGCUACAACCAUCAACAGCUUAGUGGAUUUUUUCCGUCCUCCCCAAAAUGUUCAUCUUGAACAGAUCACCUCUGCCACUUUGACCAAAUUGGAAGAGUUUAGGGACAAAACAUCAACAGGACUACUCUAUGUUAUAGAGACACAGAAGGUUCUCGAUUUAAAAAUUGAUCUCAUGGCUUCAUACAUCCUUGUUCCCCAAAAUGGUUUUUAUGAGACAACUUCGAAUUUGCUUAUUUUGGAUUUAGGUAGUUUGAAGAUGACCAGCAAAAGUCGCUCCAACCUUCCCCAGCUGAAAGUAGGGCAGAACACCCUUGAAGAUAUUAUGUCAAGAGCCUAUGAGAGUUUCGAUAUACAACUUUGCUGCAUGCAGCUACUGUACAGCAGAAAUUAUGAGAACUGGAAAGAAGCUCGUAGACAGAAGCAUUCUGCUCAGCAUAUUCUAGAGCCAAUGGAUCUCAGGGUGGAUUUUAGCCGGGCCAUGGUAGUGACAGAAGCCAGGAUGCCAAAAUUUAAACUGUUUGGAGAACUGCCUUUGCUUUCUGUACAGAUAUCUGAUCAGAAGCUCAGAGGUAUAUUGGAAUUAAUUGACAGCAUUCCUAAACCAGAAUCUCCUCCUGCACGAUCUGCUUCUCCACAAAAAGUUCCAAUACAAAAGUCUCCUCCAUUGAACACAUCUCAACUGGUUGCAAGGCAUCCUGCUUUAGUGAGCCUCCAGUCAAUCCUUGAAUCUGAUUUAGAGUCAGAAUGUGAUGAAUUCUAUGAUGCUCCCACCAGUCCAGUUGAAGACAUGCCUUUCUUCGAGGUCUCCACUGGCUCACUGACCAGAUCUAGCAGCAUGAAAAGAAAGAAAUUAGUGAAGCAAGAGACUCUCAAAAAUAUGACAGAAUUUCAGAUGAGAUUUGAGAUACCGGUGGUGAUACUGCAGUUAUGUAGCCUGUCUGAAAAUGCUCAGAAAAUUGUUCUACAGAUGGAGAUUUUGGGUCUGGGCACAGAACUUAAUGUACGGACAUUUGACAUGUCAGCACAUGCAUAUUUAAGAGAGAUCUCUUUAAAAUGCCCACAGUACACAGAUGAUGAAGAGAAGUCAGUGCACCUUCUCACCACACUGGAUAAUACCACAGAUGAUCUUCUAACCAUGGACUACAUAAAGGCAGAUGUAAAUGGGCCCGAAUUCAAGACUACUUAUAAAAAUGUUGAACAACUGAUAAAGGUGAACUUCUCAUCUCUAGAUGUCCAUCUCCACACAGAGGCUCUUCUGAGUACAAUGAGUUUCCUUACUAAUCUCCUGCCACAGUCUGAAGACAAGGAUCCUGAACCGCUUGUCGAAGAUACAGAGGAAGAGAAGAAGGAGGAGCAAAGAAAGAAAAGAACACUGAAGAAAUCAAAACACGACGAUGUUAUAAAUCUUCAUGUGUGUGCAGAAUUGUCUUGCCUUCGUGUUUUUAUCCGUGAACAGAAGUGCAAAAUUUCAGAGAUCAGUAUUGAAGGACUUGAUUCUGAAGUAAUAAUGAGGAAGACGUCAACAGAAGUACUGGCCAAAUUAAAAAAUAUUAUCAUCCUAGAUUCUGACAGCGGAGCCCAGUAUAAAAAGGCUCUUUACAUUACUGGAAAAGAAGUUUUUAGUUUUAAAAUGUUUUCCUUUGUCGAUUCUACUGAAGGAGCUGCCUACAGUGAUAUGAAUGUAGUGGACAGCUCAAUCUCACUGACUGUUGGGUGCAUACAAGUCAUCUUUGUUAAUAAAUUUGUUUCAGCAAUUUUGGCUUUUGUAAAUAACUUCCAAGCCGCCAAGGAAGCAUUGACUGAAGCCACAUUACUUGCAGCGGAAAAAGCAGCAAGUGGUGUUAAAGAGCUUGCCCAGCGCAGUUUCCGACUUGCCUUGGAUAUAAACAUUAAAGCCCCUGUUGUGAUUGUACCACAAUCUUCAACUUCUACAAAUGUAUUGGUCGCAGAUUUAGGUCUCAUCAACAUAAAGAACCAGUUUUCCAUUGUGACCUCAAAACCCUCUGGCAAUCUUCCCCCUGUGAUUGACUGUAUUACUGUAAAGCUGAGUGACCUCAAAUUAUACAGAACAGUUUAUGAAAAUGGCUCGUUGCUUUCAGAAGUAGAAAUUCUCCAGCCAUUAAAUUUGGACAUCACAAUACAGCGUAAUUUGGCAGCUGCCUGGUACAAUGAUAUUCCUGAUAUCAAUAUCGUUGGACAACUUAAACCCAUGAAUCUUAUUCUGGGGCAGGAUGACUUGACAACUAUCCUAAGGACAUUGAAUGAGAACCUAGGAGAAACAGCGGAGAAGACUGAUUCUGAGAGGAACAAUGGAAAAGGUUCAAGCAUUGGUGGGAACAGUACAACCCAAAUUUCCUCAGGGACAACUGUGGUGACAGCAGCUGUAGUUGAAACAUACAUGACUGCUAAAGUCAGGACAACCUUGAAGCUGGAUUUCCAGUUUGACUCGCUCACUUUAAAUUUGUACAGCGCCAGUUCAAACUCAUCUCUGACAAAUGUCAAUAAAAGAGAUAGUGGUCUGAAUCUUGCCGAAUUCCAGUUGGGUCUGAUUAAAACCUCUGUAAAGAUGUCCUCUGAUGGAUCUAUGAUCGCUGCAGUCAAACUUACAAACUGUCUAUUAGAUGAUAAGAGACAAGCCAUCCAGAAAGCAACGCCAAGAAUGCUUGAACUGAAGCGCGGAUGUGAGAAAAAUGUCAUGGUAGAUGUCUGCUACAAGCAAGGUAGAGAUGGCACAUUGCUGGAUGUAAUUGUCCGUGACAUCUACUUGUGUGCCAGCAUUGAGUUCCUGCUUACUGUGGCAGAAAUAUUUAUUAAAGCCAAUGAGCAAAGUUCUGUUGCACUGAGGAGCAGCAAGCAAAUAUCAGCAACCAAUAAGGAAGCAGCUCCUACACAACAGGUUUCAAAAAUGGAAAUGAAUGUAGUGGUGAAGAACCCAGAAUUUGUUUUUGUGGCAGAUCUGUCAAGAGCAGAUGCCCCAGCGCUGGUACUUACUACACAGUGUGAGCUUUCCAUUAAUAACAGCCCAGAAGUUCAGCACAUGACUGCUGCUGUGAAGGACUUGCACAUGAAGGCCUGUCCCUUUCUGCCAGACAAGAGAACAGGAAAAAUAACCACGAUUCUACAGCCAUGUGAUCUGUUUUUCCAAAGCAUUCAAUCUAAUGGUGGUCCUCAGAAGGUAGACCUCUCCAUUAAAUCCCUCAUGUUAAAGGUUUCCCCAGUCAUUAUUAACACAGUGAUCACCAUCACAUCCGCACUCUCUUCUCCCAGUAAAGAAUCAGUAAGUGAAGCAACUAGUCCAGUUCCACCAGAUCUUUGGAAAAAGAAGGAUUUGAAAGAUUUGAAAAUGUGGUUUCUUGAAGAGGAAAAAGAAAAUGAGAACACAGCUGGUGAAGCUAACAAGAUGGUCUUAACAGGAGAGAUGUUAGAGUUGAGCAUUGAAUCAAUUAUCGUAACUCUAGAAGCUGGUGUUGGCCACAGAACAUUGCCCAUGCUUCUAGCUAAGUCCUCAUUCAAAGGGAAUGUGAAGAACUGGAGUACUCUAAUAAACCUUUACUGCCAGCUCGAGCUUGAGGUACAUUACUACAAUGAAAUGUUAGGAGUAUGGGAACCACUACUAGAACCUCUGGAAAUUGAGAGAACUGAUGAUUUCCGACCCUGGAGCCUUGAAGUUAAGAUGAAAAAGAAAUUAAGGAAACAAGUUUGUGAAACAGAUGGCGAGGAGGAGAACUACAAGAUACCGGAAUUUGUUACAGCAAUAAACAUUUUUUCCAAAGACCAGCUAAAUAUCACACUGUCUAAAUGUGGUAUGGCAAUGCUCAGUAACCUAGGACAGGCAUUUGCUGAAGCGGCCAGCGAAACAUCAGAUGUCUUCAAGAAAGAUCAAGCUCCAUUUGUGGUCAAAAAUUCUCUUGGCCUUCAUGUAUCCAUUUCUCCCAGCGACUCGUUCACAGCAUUAAAUGUUGACCAUGGUUUAAAGACUAUAGAAUUGGAUGACAAUGAGAGUCUUAAUAUGGAUUAUGUCCGUUCCAAAAGCCAGACUGACCAGUUUUCCGACAUGACCAGCCUCAGCAGUAAACAUUUCUACAUUCAGCUUACUCCCUGGAAUCACUCAUCUUCUGACAAGAUUUCAUUAACCAAAGUAGGCCGAAGCCUUUACAGUGUGAGACACUCUGAUUCAGGAGUUGAGCGAUACAUUGUUUGCCAGAUUGAUACUGUGGAAGGAUCCAAAUGUAUAACGAUACGGUCCCCGUUACAGAUAAGAAAUCACUUUUCUAUUGCAUUUAAAAUUUAUCAUGAUGACACAUAUUUAGGGACUGCUGAACCAGAAGAUGACUUUAACAUCCCAUUGUCAUCCUACAGGUCAACACUGUGCUUUAAGCCAGUGCAAGAUGGAUAUGAAAAAUGUGAAGGAAUCGGCUUUGAAGAGUUCUUGGAAAAUCAGGGUUCGUUGUUAGAGACAAAAUGUCAAUCUUCUAAGAAUAAUAGGGAUUCACUCAUUGUAAACGUUGUGCCCGUGAUGGACAUCCUUAUAUCUUCUGCUUGCACUGACGAGAGGUGGGACCUGCCAUACGUUGUUCAUUUGUGGCCAAGUGUUGUCCUUCGCAACUUACUUCCUUACCAAAUUGCGUACACUAUUGAGGGCUUACCUGAUGAGCGUGUUCUCAUAGAAGAUGGAUGUUCAGUCCAAAUACACACUGCAGUCAUAGACGAAACACAUCUGAGGUUAUGGUUAUUAAAUUACCUUGACAUGAAUUGGGAAGCCAAGUAUCUCAUCAAGAGCAAGCUGCAGGACAUUCACUUUAUCAGAUUCCGCUGUGCCUCAGAGCUGGACAAGACAGAACUGGACAUUGCGGUCCAUGUCACUUAUACCACUGGGCAGACUAUUAUUGCAAUUCAUAGUCCAUACUGGAUGGUGAACAAGACCGGCAGGAUGCUGCAAUACAAGGCUGAUGACAUUCAUCGAAAACAUCCUGCUGAUCACAAGAAACCCCUUCUUUUUUCCUUCAAGCCAAAGAACUUUUUCCAAAAUAAUAAGGUCCAGCUCAUGAUAACUGACAGCGAGUUGUCGGAUCCUUUUUCUAUGGAUACUGUUGGAACUCAUGGGGCUGUGAAGUGCAAAAGUAAACAUCUGGAUUACCAAGUUGGUGUCUCCAUUUAUGCCAGCAGCUUCAAUGUCACCAGAAUUGUCACCUUUACACCAUUCUUUAUGAUUACAAAUAGAAGCAUUUACAAGGUGGAUGUUAUUGAAGAGGGCACAGAGAGAGUGGUCGUAGUGGGCUCUGGACAGUGUGUACCCUUUUGGCCUGAAAAUAGUAACAGUAAGUUACUUAUUAAUGUCAAUGGCUGCCAGAUACCUCCAAAGAAGAUACAUUUUAAUAAACAAGAAAACUGCACUUUGCUUCAUCUUGGUGAUAAGCUUGGAGGCAUUUUGGUGGAUAUCACCCCAAGAGACCAUUCCACUGUUAUCAAUUUUUCAGACUACCUUCCGGGAUCAGCUCCUUUUCUUAUCAUCAAUGAUACAAAAUCAGAGACCAUUGAAUUUUACCAGAGUUCUGUUAAUGGGGAAAAGGAAAACCUGCCACCAGGAAAAGCCAAAUUGUAUGCUUGGGAAGACCCCACUAGUCAAAGGGAGUUGUCCUGGAUAUGUGGAACAAGCAAGGGCAGUGUCACUCAAACACAGGACAGAGUAGAAUACCUUACAAUGGACAAUUGCAUUGUUUAUUUGGUGUCUUUCCUAGAAGGUUUACAACGGAUUGUGCUAUUCACUGAAGAUGAGAAUGUUUUCCAAGUGACCUAUGACAGUGAGAAAGCAGAGGCAGCGGAGCAGGAGUUUACAAUAUCAUUGUCAAACCUUGGCAUUUCUUUAGUAAAUAAUUAUUCAAAGCAAGAAGUCUCCUACAUUGGUAUCACCAGUUCAGAUGUGGUGUGGGAAACCAAAAAGAGGACAAGAUGGAGACCACUAAGUGUAAAGCAAACUGAAAAGUUAGAAUCCGCUUACAAGGACUACAGUGAGAUUGCACCAACAGAAAACAGAAUUGUUGAGUUAGAUUCCAAUUCUCAGGUGUGCCUAACCCCCAGUCUCACAGGCAUGAAAUUUCUCCAACCAACACAAGCACCAGUGAGGAGAAGCUUUCUGCCAGCGCUGAAACUAGAAUACUCUGCGUCCGCGCAUCAGACAUCGAUCAGACUGCAGAUCUACAGAAUACAGAUACAAAAUCAAAUUCCUGGAGCCAUAUUCCCAUUUGUGUUUUACCCUAUAACUCCACCCAAGUCUGUAACCAUGGAAUCAGAACCAAAACCUCUCACUGACGUGAGUAUUGUGAUGAGAAAAGCUGGACAUUCGGAAAUCUCCCGCGUAAAGUACUUCAAGGUUUUGAUUCAGGAAAUGGAUCUACGGAUAGAUCUGGGGUAUUUGUAUGCCCUUGUUGAUAUCUUUACGCAGAGUGGAGAUGUCCCUAAAGAUCAAGCUGUUGAACUUUUUAAAAAAGAUGUGGAGUCUCUGCAAGCAGAACUGAGCACAGUGUCUUCAAUAAGCAUCUCCCAGCUCAGCCUCUAUGAAAAUUUCCACAUUUCUCCUAUAAAGCUACACUUGAGCUUUUCCCUAAGUACUGCAGGAGAUGAUGGGAAUAAAGAACUUCGAGAUAAGGAGCUGAUCCCAGUACAGUCGUUAAACCUCCUGCUAAAGAGUAUUGGUGCCACCCUGACUGAUGUGCAAGAUGUGGUUUUCAAAUUGGCUUACUUUGACAUUCAGAACCAAGUUUACUCUAGACAAGAGCUGCAGACGGAAGUCAUAAGACAUUAUUCAAGACAAGCUAUUAAGCAAAUGUAUGUUCUUGUUCUUGGCCUCGAUGUGCUGGGGAAUCCCUUUGGCCUAUUUCGAGAUUUGUCUGAAGGUGUGGAGGCAUUUUUCUAUGAACCGUACCAGGGUGCAAUUCAAGGGCCUGAAGAGUUUGUAGAGGGAAUGGCUCUGGGAGUAAAGGCCCUCGUGGGAGGAGCAGUAGGUGGUUUAGCUGGAGCAGCAUCCCGGAUCACAAGUGCAAUGGCCAAAGGUGUGGCGGCUAUAACCAUGGAUGAAGAGUAUCAACAGAAGAGGAGAGAAGCCAUGAACAAACAGCCAAGUGGUAUCAAGGAAGGUCUUACACGUGGAGGAAAAGGCCUCGUGUCUGGCUUUGUCAGUGGUAUAACUGGGAUUGUUACAAAGCCAAUUAAAGGAGCUCAGAAAGAAGGAGCAACUGGAUUUUUUAAAGGCAUUGGCAAAGGAUUAGUGGGAGCUGUCACAAGGCCAACUGGAGGCAUCAUAGACAUGGCCAGCAGCACGUUUCAGGGCAUCAAGAGCGCUACAGUCACUUCAGAGGAGGUGGAGAGCCUGCGCCCUCCACGAUUUAUACAUGAAGAUGGAGUAAUACGGCCGUACAACUUGAGAGAAGGCGCCGGCAGCCAAAUGCUACAGAAAAUUGAAAAUGGAAGAUUUGCCAAAUGUAAAUAUUUUGCUCAUUCAAUGGUCAAUAACACGGAUAUGUUAAUGGUGAUGAAAAAUGGUAUUUUAUUUGUUACAAAAGGAACAUUUGGACAACUUACUUGUGAAUGGCAGUAUAGUUUUGAUGAGUUUACCAAAGAUCCGGCUAUUGUGAGUGGUAGAAGAUUGCGCAUUGAAGCAAAGGAACGAGUGAAAUCUGUUUUUCAUGCCAAAGAGUUUGGAAAAAUAAUCAAUUUUAAAACUGCGGAAGAUGCCAAGUGGAUUAUGUCUAAAUUGGAAGAAGUCCGAGAUCUCCAACCAAAAUCAUAAGAGAUGCAUCCAGAUGAGUGUCAGCUCCUGUUCACCACACUGGACCUUUCCAUUUAUUAUCUCCACAUUUCAUGACAUCCUUUAAUUUGGUUUAGCACUUUUGCAUUAAGAGACUAACUUAAUUAUUAUUAUUCUUACCAAUUGAAAUCUUCAUGUAAAGAUACAAAAUUAUUUUGAUGUAUGUACAUAUAUUACAUGAUUUGACUACUAAAAUGACCCCCAUCCCCCUUACUAAUGUAUAUAUUUAAAUACUGUAUACAGUAAUGGAAAAAAAAAUAAUAUGCAACUUUAAUAUAUUAGUGUAAUGAAACAAUGUAUUAAACCAUCAUUUAUAUGUAGGAUGGGUAUGAAAAAAAGAUGUCAUUAUGUUAUACUGCUAGACUCCUUUAACAGCAACUCUAUUUAAAACGUAACAUUUAGAGUUGGGUGAUGUUCAUGCAGAUAGGCGGCACAGCUUUACUUACCUUCUGCUGUUGGCUGCGUUUUAUUUAGUCCGGCACUGCAUGACAUUUCGCUGUAAAAGCAGAUUUAGAGCCUUAUUCAGGUUUGUUAGCAAACCAAACAAGUUAGCAAUUUGGCAAAUCCAUUUUGCACUGCAGGUGGGGCCGAUGUAACAUGUGCAGAGAGAGUUAGAUUUGGGUAGGGUGUGUUCAAACUGAAAUCUAAAUUGCAGUGUAGAAAUAAAGCAUCCAGUAUUUACCCUGCACAGAAACAAUAUAACCCACCCAAAUAUAACUCUCUCUGCCCCACUAGCAGUGCAACAUGGUAUUGCCCAAUUGCUUGCUUUUUUGGUUUGCUACAAACCUGAAUAACCCCUUACUUCAGAAACGCUGACUCACUGACUUGGAAGUUCGCUGGGGUGAGGGGAAUUGACCACACUGGCUCAUAGUGUUUAAUUCAGGCAACCGGUAGAAUGGAAAAAUACAGUUGUGGAAUGUUGAAGCCUUGCAGGGGAUCCUUCAGAUUGUAUCACCACAACAAAGUAAAACUGUAUGGUUUCUUAUUGAACUCCACCUCAGAUUAAUAUAUGAAAUAUGAUUUUUUUCUUGAAUGCAUGAGUUAUGAACUAACUAGUCUUUUAUUGUGUUAUUGUGUUGUCUUAUUUUUAAUGCUUAACGGAAUAUAUAUAUUUGCACUAGGUAAAUAAGGGAAGGAUAUAAGGUUUUUAUUCCUGCACUUCUACACAGUUAUUUGAGAUAUUUUUAUGGUGUUUACAAAAUCCAAAUCUGCUUUAUGAACUCUCAUUUUCCAGUAGACCUAUAAUCUGAGUGUAGACAUGUCAUUGUCUGAACAAAGAUUUGUGAGAGUGCAGCCUUCUAAAUGAACUAGGAUGUAUUUACAUCACUGGUGCUAAAUGUCUGUAAUCCCUUCAGAAUAUUCAGAAUUUCUGCAUAAAUGUGAAUUUACUGUAUUCAUAUCUUUAUCUAAGUCAUAAAUAUAAAGAGAGCCCAAUAAAUAAAUAAAACUAAAAUAUA